AAACCACUGUGCAUGCACAUACAUCUCCCCCACCCUGCUCCUCUUCCUUCCUGCUCCCAAGGAAGAUCUUCCAGCAAACAGAGCUGCUGCUCAGACUGCUCUGUCUUCACCCCCAGCAAAGAGUUCCCCCACACCUGUGCUUGUAGGGAGGCAGGAUGCAACCUGGGCUUUGGCUGGCAACCAGCACCCUGGCAGCAGUGCUGGGCCUGGCCCUGCUGGAGGAUGACGUGUGUCGGGCACCAGACGGCAAGAACGGCUUCCCGGGAGUCCCUGGCCUCGACGGGAGGCCAGGGCAGAAGGGUGACGUAGGAGAGCCAGGGAAACCAUCACAGAAGACAGGCAUCAAGGGACUCAAGGGGGAUGCAGGCGAGCGGGGGCCUCCUGGCGUCCCAGGAGACCAGGGCUACCAUGGCCUGCAUGGCUCCCCCGGGAUCCCAGGAAGGACGGGGCUAAAGGGGGCCAAGGGGAAAGCUGGCAAUAUCCUGGAUCAUCCACGUCCUGCCUUUUCCGCUUCGCGGAGGUCCCCACCCUCCAAUGGCAAGACAGUCGUGUUCGACAACAUCAUCACCAACCAGGAGAGCUCCUACAAUCCCCAGACCGGGGAGUUCACCUGCCGUGUCCCCGGGCUGUACUACUUCGCCUUCCAGGUGAUCUCCAGUGGGGACCUCUGCCUGAGCAUCACCAAGAACAGGGAGCACGUGGUCAGCUUCUGUGAUUACAACAGCCGUGACAUCCUGCAGGUGAACUCAGGCAGCAGUGUGCUCAGCCUGGCCGUGGGUGACCAGGUCUCUGUGAGCACUGACUCUGCCAGGGGCAACACGAUUUACAGUGGCUCUGAGGCUGACAGCGUCUUCAGCGGCUUCAUGCUCUUCCCUCAGAUGGGCUGAUGGACUGCCAGUCAGGACCUGCUUAGCACCAGAGCAUCGCAGUGUGUGUGUGUGUCCGCAUGUGUUUUCCCCCUGUGAGUGCAUGGGGUGGUUUAGUACCACAGCAAACGGGGAUGGCCCCAAACUGAGCAACCAGACAGGUCUUGUUCUUCCACCGAUGUCAUAAAGUGCCCAGGCUGUGGGUCACCACUGCAGUAGUGAGACCCCUACUAGCACUUAUCUCCAUGCUAGGCCUGCCCACUCCGUCCUGGAGGCAAAGGACUGCUGGCCCCAGCGGCCCUUUCUGCUCCUGGGCACUCCAACCCCACACCAGAGGGGACCAGUUGUCACUGGGGCCAUUCACCAGCUGUGGGUCUUUGUUCCUGAGUGGGAAAUCACCGCAUCCCACUGCUUCUGCUACACUAACCAUUGCAAAAGCCUUUCUGGCACCGGGCCACUACUGCCUCACAUCCUCCCCAUCAGUAUAAAUAAACCUUUCUUCCAAGACA